AUCGCGAACCAAAUUCGAAAUUCGAAAGUGAUCCUUUGUGUGAACGUGCGUUGUCAUAAAUAUUUUUUGUUUGUUUAUUAUAAGUGUGUAUGUGUGAGUUUCUUUGAGUGUGUGUGUGGAUUUUUUUUUCGGUAUUGUGGAGCCAACAAUGAAAAUUACAACUCCGGAACUACACAGAAGAACUCCCGAACUACAAGCAAACAUGACCUGAAAAUAUGUGAAACAUGAAAGUGGAUAUCGUCUUCGAACCAGACAAUUUUACUUUGGACAUAGCCGACUUAUCAACAUCCAUGUAUCUCACUGACAUUUACGUCAACAAGACUUUGGAAGUGAACGAAACGACCAAUGACUUAGUGUACUCAAAUCAAUUCGAAGAUGACCCGCUAAUAGUGUUUUUGGUCAUACUAAAAUGUCUUAUAAUGCUCUUUAUUAUAUUAGCGGCAAUAUUUGGGAAUUUGUUAGUCAUAGUUUCAGUAAUGAGGCACAGAAAGUUACGAGUGAUAACGAACUACUUCGUAGUAUCCCUAGCAUUGGCUGAUAUGCUAGUAGCUAUAUGGGCAAUGUGUUUUAACUUCAGUGUGGAAAUCACCAACGGGGAAUGGCUAUUUGGUUAUUUCAUGUGCGAUGUAUGGAACUCUUUGGAUGUAUAUUUUUCGUCAGCUUCGAUAUUGCACCUUUGUUGCAUCAGUGUGGAUCGAUACUACGCAAUAGUCCAACCUUUGGACUACCCUUUGAUAAUGACGACAGCGAAACUUGGGAUCAUGUUAGCAGUAGUCUGGUGCAGUCCAGCUCUGGUCUCCUUUCUCCCAAUCUUCAUGGGUUGGUACACGACAGAAGACCACUUGAACUUUAGAAAGAGGUUCCCAAAUGUGUGCAGUUUUACCGUGAAUAAAGUGUACGCUGUGAUUUCGAGUAGUGUUAGUUUUUGGAUACCUGGAGUCAUCAUGCUGUAUAUGUACUACAGGAUCUAUUUGGAAGCUGAAAGGCAGGAGAGGAUGUUGUACAGGAGUAAAGUAGCAGCACUACUCCUGGACAAGCACCUACAAAUCAACGGGAUCUCCAUGGGCGAAGUCAUGAGGGAGAGGCAGAGCAUACAGAUGCAGCCCAUGGCGAGCAGCAAGAUGAAGAGGGAGAGGAAAGCUGCCAGGACUUUGGGGAUUAUCAUGUCUGCCUUCUUGGCGUGUUGGCUGCCGUUCUUUUUAUGGUACAUAAUCACAGCUCUCUGCGGCGACGCGUGCCCCUCCCCCCCGCCGGUCGUGGCGGCAGUCUUCUGGGUGGGCUACUUCAACUCGGCGCUGAACCCGCUCAUCUACGCGUACUUCAACAGGGACUUCAGGGCAGCUUUUAGGAAAACUCUGGAUUCUUGUUGCAGGUCACUUUGCGGUGACAUUGCCCGUCGCUACUGUUGUCAACGCACGCGCCGUGAACAGCAUCACUCGAACGCCUCAUCAGACAUACACAUGAACAAUUGCGUCAAGUCCACAUCAGCUGAUGUGUUACGCGCCCAUCACGCGUCGUGUUCGCGACCCGAGGAGAUUGUGUUCGCGACGUAAUCUGUUAGAGACCUAUGUUUAUUUAUAACCAUAAUAUUUUAUAACCAUUAGGUUUAUUUUUGAAUGACUGCUGAUGAUCUAAUUUAUGCCAUGUUAGGUCUCAAAUGUUGAGUUUGUCGUAAUAGUCGUUAUGUUCAACAGAAUAAGAUUGUUUUUUGUAAAGCAAUUGUUAAGAUAUUUUAUGCAAUAUAAAGUCUUAUUUUCGUGUUUAUUGCUACAAUAUGUUUAUAGAGAUUAGGUUUAUUUUUAAAUGAAAGAUUUUAAUUGCAAAUCAUUAUUUACGUUUUUAUAUAGCUGGUUGUUGCCAAGUAUGGAAUUACUAGUUACAUUUUUUUAUAUUGAAUUAAGUAUUGAUGAGCUCAUUAAAAUAGUAUCAUUGUGUGUUAAGAGUACACUAGAAAUAUAAUAAAGCCUAUAUUCUUCUAAGCCGGAGAUACCGUUUCAACUAAUUAUCGGUUAAUUAUUGCUAAUAAUGAGUU